AUGUCUGGUUCCUCUGCGGCGUCUCCCAACACUCCCAAGACUGGGUCUAAUAUCGACCCAUUGGACGACCCUGUGGCCAAGCACAGACUAUCGUUUGACUUUUCCGAUUCCGUCUCUACCAUUUCCAUUUUCAGGCAGUAUGAGACGUACUCGUCACCACAAAUGAACGAAGCGUCUGAUCUAUUCACUCUUAACCCCAAUGGGUCAGAAAUCAUCCGAACCAAGUUGGGAGAAGUCUUGGUAACAAACGCUGGCGACGAAAGGUACGAGUUUUGGAGACAGGUGAUCGAAGACUACGCCCAAUUCAUAUCCAAGACCCGUACUGUGGAGUUGGAGCUGCGUGUUAUCGAAGGCAUUCCAGACGAUUUGAGAGAAUUGGUGUACGCCAAGGUGUUGCAGAUCAGAUACAGGUUCAACAACAAAGAAAGCUAUCAAAACCUCGUCAAGAGAGCCCGCCAAUCCACCAGCAAUAAGAGUCAAGAAAGCUACAUUGACAGACUUGCGGUUGAUUCCAGCCUCAAGGAGGUUCUCAAGACAUUCAGCUUCUACAUUAACGAAAUUGUGGGGGUCAGCAAUAGACUAGAGGUCGAUGGCUCAGGAACAUUUGCCAACGACAGCAAUGAAAAGCUUCCUCCCAACAGUUUCGUGAUCCACGUCAGUAAGCUACUUGAGAACCUUGGCGGCAUGGAAAAGCAGGACACCCUCUUUCUAUUAUUGAAGUUGAAUCGUCUCUUCACCAACUUGAUCAAGGAGGAAUUCUUUUACAAAGUCAACCGUUCCUUGGAAGAUUUAGUUCCCGAAGCAUUCACACACACUAGUGUUCAGGGAAUUAACCUUGUGACUUUGUACAAAUCUAUCUUGUUCAACUUCUUUAACACAAAGAUUGACGAUAGCCAGGUUUUGCUCAAGGUCUUGGACUUCGUCAUUAUCGAGGGGUUUGACUUCGUGUUGAGGUUGGUAUUGUGGGCAUUCGACAAGAAUAAAGACAAAAUACUUCAAUUGAAGGGCGAUGAAUUGAAUGAGUUCCUCAAUUCCAAGAGCUUUUUUAGCUUGGAUUUCCAAUGGAUUGACAUAAUUAACCAACAGCCCCAGAUCGUCAAGUACGAGAACGAGUACCAUUUGAUCCAUGCCAACUCAUUGAAUAACAAUAACAAUGAACUACGGAACUUGCGGGAGGUCAACGACGAUUUGGUCAUCAAGAUCAAUGAGAUUAACCACCAGUUAGACAACUUGCAAACUACACACUCCGAGAUCUUGGACCAGAGCGAGUCGUUUCAGGGGCAACUAGACGAGGCCUUGGCCCGCAACGAACAGUUGGGUGAGCUCAAGGCACAGCUUCAGGCCAAAUAUGAAGGCUUGACCAUGAAGGAGAAUUUGAAAAACACCAUCAAGGCCAACAAGGAAUUUUCUGAGAGAAACCGGGACUUAGAGCUCCAGAUUGAAGCGUUGAAAAAGCUGAUCGAGGAGAAAAGGCUCAAGGUGGCCAAGGUGGCCGGAAACUAG